ACUGUUCCACUCUAAUUGUAUGUGCCUGCUAAAUAAAGGCUGAGUAAAGAGAGAGAGAGAGAGAGAGAAACUGACCUACAUAAAACGUGAUGUGGGACGUAUACACCAAUUGACUAACUAACACUACCUAGUAUUCAUAGAACAACACAAAUAAAAACAGCGAAAUGUCAUUUGUGCUGUGGUUUAAGCAAACUGCACUGGUGGCUCCACUUUUUAGAUCUAUGUCUGCCCAAUCGUGAGCAUUUAGUGCUAUUAGGAUCUGCCAACCUUAAAUGUUUUUUCCAUCCUUAUUUAAAAUGUGCUAAAGUCAACAGUGAACAAAUCUGAUACAUGUUAACUAUAAGGAAAUACACACAGAUGUUCUUAAAAUGAAGCGUGAAUUAUUGCUGACAUUUGCGUUGUGUUUUAAAGUUCUGUGUAUUUGCGUGUGGAAAGAAGAUCGGAAAACGAAAUGGAAUUCUAGUGCUGAAAGUUGGCUGGAGUUUCAUGUCAACUAUUGUGGAAGGUAUUGUGACGGGUUGAAGUUAGAAAUACUAAAGCAAGACUGUGAAAACAUAACGCCAUGUUUCCCAUGUGACUGUGAUCCUGACUGUGAUAUAUACGACACAUGCUGUCCACUUUUGGUCAACAAUUCUUAUGUAGAACCUUCUUUUCAUUCCAUAGAUCACUUACCAAAUCCUGACAGAUUUCAAUGUAAAAGUAUUCCAAAGAAUUCUAAUCGAAGUGCAUAUUAUAUGAUUUCAGACUGUGAUUCAACUUUUUUAUCUAAAAGCUACAAAUUCUCUAACACAAAGCGAAAUAUACAAAAUUUGUGCCGAAAUCCAAAAACAAGAACGCUAGAUGAUAUAACUCCAUAUACAGACAUUUAUUAUGGUAUUGUGUUCGCGAAUAAAUUCUGUGCAAUAUGCAAUGGAUAUGUUAUAAAUGAUAACACUUCUUACUAUGGCUAUAACCUUACAUUCAAGAUAGCAAGACCGUGGACUAUUGAGAUUUCGUGUAAACAUUAUCAAAGCUUGUAUCAUUUAACGAACGAAUAUAAAUUUUUCUUUGCUGCUGCCAACUCGUCUCUAUGUAAUAUAACUUUCAGCCCACCACCAAGUAAAAUACCUCCCAAAGUUUGCACCGAGAGACUUGAUAAAAAAUUAAAACAUGUUUGUACAAAUCAAGACUCAAUGGAAGAUCAAAUGUGUCAAACUUUGCCGAGACGCAAAUACCUUCAGGCUGGGACAAUGUCAAGCGGCAAACUGCACAGCUGGGAAAAUUCCAUCAAAGGACGGUCAGUGUAUUACUGCACUAAACGGCAUCCGUGGUCUUGCCUAUAAAUUGGCCUUGACAUUAACGCCUCAAGACAAGGUCGUGAUGACAGAAACAGAAAUUAAAGACUUGAACACUGCUGUGUACCAAGAGUUGAGAUCUGUAUCCAGUAGAAUAAAAAUGUCCUAUGAGGUUACCAUUGAAAAACUAGUCAACGGCUCGAAGAUUUUGCUUUCUAAUACUAUUAAGGCUAAAAUUUUAGCAAACGAUAAAAAGAAUCGAGAUGAGUUUGAGAGUGAAAUGAUUCAGAUUGUGACACGAUCUUGGGAGUUUACUCUAGCGUCAUUUAAAAAGCCUAAUAUCACACUAAAUCUCUUGCUCGGAUCAGAAUACCACAAGCCAGAUCUUCAAAACUCUUCACUGCUUUCAGACCUAUCAACAAGACGGUAUGGAAUGACUAUACCCGAGCUUAUAAUUUACUACAGCGAUUUUCUAGAAUGGCCGGAUUGUUGUGACUUUAUUGACGUGACGUAUACGUUACUAUGUCCUUACGUCGCCGUAAAUAUCACGAAUAUAACAGUCAACAUGCUUGACAUUCACCUGUCAUUUAACUAUGAUGGGCGUGUCAUCGAGGUUGUGGGUGGUCCUAACAUUUCAGUCGUCAAUGGAGAACUUCACAUCUGUUUGGAAACUUUUAAAACGCUGAUAAAAACAAAUCCAGUUCAGAGCCCUGCUGAUAUCGCGCUGUAUUACUUCCAGAUUGUUUGUAUCUUGUUUUCUGUGGUUUGUCUCGUGAUGUCUCUGGUUACAUACUUUUUAUUUUCUUCUCUAAGAACACUUCCGGGGUUAAAUAAUAUGUGUCUGUGUUUAUCUGUGUUAUGCGCGCAGGUAAGUCUUCUGCUUACAGUAGAGUUUGGGGUUAAAGGGCAACUUCCGCCCGAGCUGUGUAUGUUUCAUGCUAUAUUUCUUCAUUUUAGCUGGUUGGCCUCUUUUGCAUGGAUGAGUGGCUGCUGCAUCCACAUGUUUCUCGCGUUCACUUCCUAUACUUCGCGGAGAAAUGAUGUCACUUCCGAUCUGCGGAGACACAUCCGGUAUUGCGUUUACGGCUUCGGCGUUCCCCUUCUCAUAGUGGCUGCGAAUGUAAGCGUUAACGCUAGUUUGACUUCCGGGCAGUCGAUAGGUUAUGAUGACACUAUAUGUUUCCUGGACACACGUACGUCUGCUCUCACGAUUGUACUGACCUUACUUGUUCCACUAGGCGCUACGGUCUUCAGCAACGGGGUUUUGUUCACCUUGACCUUACGUGAAAUGAUUCACGUCGCCAAAAUACAGAAGGAGGCGACCGGGAUAGAAGGUCAAGGCGUCAUGACCUACGUCAAGUUGUCCACACUAACAGGAGUCUUCUGCAUUGUCGCAGCCGUGGCGGUCUGGCUGGAUAGCAUUGUUCUCCAGUUCUUGACCUGUCCACUUAUGACGCUACAAGGCGUCUUCAUCUUUUUCUCCUUCAUAUUCAACAAGAGAGUUGGCAACAUGUAUUACGACGUGUUUGGUCUGCAUCGUCUGCGAGCAGUUUUCACUACUCAAAGCAGUAGCAGCCAAUCAGGCAGCGGGAAACAAACAGAGUCAAAGAAUCGAAAUAAAUAUUCUCAGUCAACAUCUAGCACUAACAUAUAGAAACUUAUUAUUAAAAUGGAGAUGAAGUAUCGAUUAAAGAGGGCGCUAUUUCUCUCACAAUCCCAAGAAAACUUCAAAAUUGUGAAUACCCAAGAAGUAGCAGUCGAACAAUGAUUUUGUUGGAAAGUUUCCGUACCAUUGUUUGAAAUGCGAAAGUAAAGAUGUUUAACAUAACUAGGUCAACUAGUAAGUCCAAUUGUGUGUUGCACUUAUUCAGUCGUAGAACGACUUUGGGUUCAUCCCAGACAAGUCGUUAUAGAAGUUCUCAACGCUGACCCGUGACGUCACAACCUGUGGGCAAUGUAGACCAGUAGCUCGUUGCCACGUCGUACAGACCUGUGACGUGGCAACGAGCUGUUGGUAUCCACUCCCCACAGGUUGUGACGUUACAGGCUCAGGCCUUCUAUGACGUUUUUUUUUUUUUUGGUCAUCUGGCACAGAUUUUUCAAGUGAUAGUACAGCCCUAAUCAGCAUGCAAGGUAAGUAAAGGUGGCAUUGGCUUUAGUGGUAGAGGAACCAGACAUUUUCUCGUUUGAAUGGCUUAUUUUCAGAGCUGAGUGAGGCCAAUAAGUUUUCAGUGUCAAUAGCUUUCUUUGUCACCACACCUCUCUCCGCAUAGCGCAGUCCUACCAACAUCGAUAUCCAAUGCUUUCAAUUCCCGUUUAUUUCCAUAUAUUGGAUUUGGUGAUGACCAGUUGUUCUUGUACCCAUCACCAGUUGUUCUUGUACCCAUCGCGAGUUGUUCUUGUGCCUAUCGCGAGUUGUUCUUGUACCCAUCACCAGUUGUUCUUGUACCCAUCGCCAGUUGUUCUUGCACCCAUCGCGAGUUGUUCUU